AUGUUCUCAACUAUAAUCUCAAGUGCCCAAAUCCCGGACAUGAGCGGAAAUGCGAACAAAUACCCCUCUAGAGUCUCGGUGGUAGAUCAUCAUGACCGCCUCCCAAACCAACCUUGCACAAGGGAGGAGUACGAGAAAAAGCAGCGCAAGCAGCGCGCGGAGAUGAUUCUGGCACAGUAUGAUCUGCUGAUGAGGUACGCCGUGGAGAAUCAACUGUCAAUACCUCAGACUCGACAGUAUUUUCGAAAGGUGGCAUUAGGAAUUCCUACGGCGCCUGUUAUCAAAAACUGGUUCCCUAAUUGA